AUGAGCCAACAAGCAUACCACUCCAACACCAACACUCUUCCCUCUACCUCUUCCUCCUCCUCCUCUUCCUCCACUACCCUCUCAACCCCACCAAAUCCCCAGAAAUACACCCAGCCCCCCUUACCACGAAAACACACACCCCUACCACGCACAAGAACACCACCAGGACUACAUAUCCUACCUAAACUACCACCAGGUACAGAUACCACCAACAUGUCCAACACUCACAGCAAAGGAGGCGAGGGCUCAUCAUCAUCAGAAGAACAAACCACAACAUUGAAAACCAGUAAACGCGCCCCUACAAAUCAAGAACUGGAGGAAUGACAUAAUAACUGUACGUUGCCAUCAUGUAAUUGGCGAAAGGGGUGGGAGGAACGACAGAUGCGAUUGGACCAGAUGAAGGCAGUUCAACCAAAUAUCCGGACCCAACGAAACAUGGCUCGGGAUGAAGAGAAGGUUAAGCGAGAAAAGGAAAGAGUUAAGGGAAAAGUUGCGGAGAAAGAGAAGAAAAAGGACGAUGAAGGAGAAGAAGAGAAACUUAAGACCCAAGCAGAAAUACUAAAAGCCCUCCACAAAUCAUGUCCGAUGAAGGGGUGUAUCCACACGGACGACAACCCAUGA